GCAUUGCGAGGGAGCACCUGCGAGCUCAGAAGGCAAUGACGAGUCUUUUGUGGACGGAGGCACAGCAAUGGAAUGCUCUGUAGCAGCAGAAGAUGACCGAAUGAACGAGUCGUCAUCAGUGCAAGCAGACCAAAUGACGGGAGGGAGCACUGUUGCAGACAAUGACCCAUUUAAUGAGCUUUUGGUCUUAAAGCGGCAGCUCAAUUUGGAGCAGAAGAAACGAGCAAAGGCCGAAAAAGAGUGCAGAAGCCUGAAAGAUUCAUUUAGUAAGAUCUUUGCCGGUGAUCAACUGCGUUAUGUUCAGAAACGAACUAUGAGGGGGUCUGCAUGGAGUGACAGUACAGUGCAGGAAUCAUUAAAUGUUCGACUUGCUUGCGGAUCGAGAGGAUACGAACACCUCCGUGACAAUGGAUGGCCACUGCCCGCAGAAAGAACCCUCCAGAAGAACAUCGAAAACAUCAAGUUCUCGCCAGGAAUCCUUGAGGAUGUCUUUCCUGCACUUGCGGCAAAAGUUGCAACAUUCAAGGCAGAGGAUCGGUACGCUGUCAUCAUGCUCGAUGAAAUGCAGCUCACACCAGGCCUCGAUUAUGACUGUACUACACGUUCUGUCAUUGGACAUUCUACUGUAGCAUCAUCAGACCCAAGUGCACCAGCCGGUCUCGCAACACACGCGCUGGUGUUCAUGCUUGGAGGAGUUACAUCCAGGUGGAAACAGACAAUAGCAUACCACUUUUCAGCUGACUCCUUUGAUGCAAAGCAAAUAUUGGCCAUACUCUUUGAUAUCAUUAGGAAAUGUGAAGCAAUUGGUCUGUCUGUAGACUUUGUAACUUCUGACAUGGGGAGUGGAAACCAGGCCAUUUGGAGACUGUGCAGUAUAACGGCCACAAAGUACGGGUGCCCUCGGACCACAUGUCCUCACCCCUGUGAUGAAGGCCGCAGCCUGCACUUCCUUGCGGAUGCACCCCACCUUCUGAAAAACUUGCGUGGUCAUCUGGUGAUGCAGCAGAAGAUAGUUCUGGAUGAUGAGACUGUGGUUAAAAACAAGUUGCCAACCAAUGAGGUAAAGUACUAUGUUGCUAUGCAAGCAGGCAGUGGCAUCUUGUGUUCACGUAGUCGCCAAGAGAAACUAAUUUCUUUGUUCACCAAGAACGCCGUGCGGCAGCUUCUGGCUAUGUUGCCGCUCCAAGAAAGCGGGGCCAACCGAGGACAGCCUGUGCCUCCCAUGAUUGCAUCUACCUCCCAUGUUGAUCUACUGAGCACAUUCCAGACAGUCACCGGGGAUCUCGUCCGCAUUCCGCAGUCGACAGUGUGCCGAGCAGUCGGAAAAGUGACCAUACUCAUCGCAAGGCACUUGUACUCGAUGCUGGCUGUCACCGAACCACACCCACAGUUUUACGAUGUGGUUGCCAGCUGGCCUGGUUCAAUCCACGCCAGCAGAAUUUUUGACAGGUCUUAUGUCCGGCUGCUGUAUGAGGAGCGCAGAGUGCCCGGGGUGCUCCUUGGAGAUAUGGGAUACGCCUGCCACCCAUUUCUAAUGACUCUAUUUCACAAUCCAGCCAAGGAAGACACGGGACGAGUCAGACAGUUUGUCGGUGUGAUCUUCUUCCAUCAGCCUCAUGCGCAAGGUGUGUUUCUCGUGCAACAGUGCAAAGCUUACGUCAACCUCUUCCGAAAGGCUUCUCUGCUGCAAAGACAGCCUGCCUCUAGGUAUGGUUGA